AGAAAUUGGUUACUUCUUUGUGUAUCAUUUACAUUAACAUGUACCGAAAGUAGUGAAUCAGUAGACAAAACCAAUUUCGUCAUUCCAAACACUGCCUCCGACAAACUAAAGCCGCCACGCCAGUAUCUGGGGUAGGCAGAAACUAAUAUUCUAAUGUUAAACAGAAAUCCCUUUAUAUAACCAAGCACUGCCCUUUCCAAAAUACUACUGCAUCCCAAAUUGAUCUUCCCUAAAAAAAGUGUCCUCUGUUUAUAAAACUCCUCAAAAUGUCCAACUCCGAUCACCAAACCCCAUCAACUGUCGACGGCAACACCUUCGUUUCCAUGUGCCUUGCACGUGCCGGAGUCGACCGGAUGUUCGGGGUAGUCGGAAUACCAGUUACUUCCCUUGCGAACCGGGCGGUCGGGCUCGGAAUCCGGUUUAUUGCUUUCCACAAUGAACAAUCUGCCGGUUACGCUGCUUCGGCUUAUGGUUAUCUUACCGGUCGACCCGGUAUUCUUCUCACCGUCUCCGGUCCAGGUUGUGUUCAUGGACUCGCCGGACUUUCCAAUGCAACCGUUAAUACCUGGCCCAUGGUUCUGAUUUCUGGUUCAUCUGACCAGAAAGAUAUGGGCCGGGGCGAUUUUCAAGAAUUGGACCAAAUUGAAGCUGUGAAACCCUUCUCUAAAUACUCAGCUAAAGCUACUGAUAUAACGAAGAUCCCAAGCUGUGUUUUCAGUGUUUUGGAUUGGGCGGUCUCUGGCAGGCCUGGUGGUUGUUAUUUGGAUCUUCCUACUGAUGUGCUUCAUCAGACUAUUAGUGACACUGAAGCACAGAAAUUGAUCGAUGAUGCUGAGAAUUGCAGGAAUAAAGAGGUCAUUGCUAAACCCAUUGUUCAACAUUCGGAAAUUGAAAAGGCGGCUGCUUUGUUAAGGCAAGCGGAGAGGCCUUUGAUUGUGUUUGGAAAAGGGGCUGCAUUUUCUAGAGCUGAAAAUGCUUUGAAGAAUUUAGUUCAGAGUACUGGAAUACCCUUUUUGCCAACACCAAUGGGAAAGGGUUUGUUGCCUGAUAAUCAUGAGCUAGCUGCUACUGCUGCAAGGUCACUGGCAAUCGGAAAGUGUGAUGUGGCGUUGAUCGUUGGUGCGAGGCUUAAUUGGCUUUUGCAUUUUGGAGAGCCACCAAAGUGGUCUAAGGAUGUGAAGUUUAUCUUAGUUGAUGUAGAUAAGGAGGAGAUUGAGCUUAGGAAACCAUGUUUAGGGUUGGUUGGUGAUGCGACUAAGGUUGUUGAGAGGAUACAUAAGGAGAUUAAGGAUGACCCUUUUUGUUUAGGGAAGUCUCAUCCUUGGGUUGAGGCAUUAACAAAAAAGAGUAAGGAAAAUGUUUCAAAAAUGGAGGCACAGCUGGCAAAGGAUGUCGUGCCAUUUAAUUUUAUGACACCGAUGAGAAUUAUUAGAGAUGCAAUACUGCAAUUGGGCAGUCCUGCUCCAGUUGUUGUGUCUGAAGGUGCCAAUACUAUGGAUGUGGGGCGAUCAGUAUUAGUUCAGAUGGAGCCAAGAACCCGGUUGGAUGCUGGGACAUGGGGGACAAUGGGAGUUGGUCUGGGGUACUGCAUUGCAGCUGCUGUUGCCUCACCUGAUAGGCUUGUAGUUGCUGUUGAAGGGGAUUCUGGAUUUGGCUUCAGUGCCAUGGAAGUUGAGACCCUAGUUCGCUAUCAUCUCCCUGUUGUGGUUAUAGUCUUUAACAAUGGUGGAGUAUAUGGUGGUGAUAGGAGGAACCCCGAGGAAAUUACUGGGCCUUACAAAGAAGAUCCAGCCCCCACAUCUUUUGUUCCUGGUGCAUCGUAUCAUCUUCUAAUUGAAGCCUUCGGAGGAAAAGGAUACCUUGUUGGAACACCUGAUGAGCUUAGAUCUGCACUUACUGAAUCUUUUUCUGCUAGGAAGCCUGCUGUUAUCAAUGUGACAAUUGAUCCUUAUGCUGGUGCUGAAAGUGGGAGGCUGCAGCACAAAAACUGAGGUUGGGGGUGAUGUAGAUCAAAAUGACACUACUUCAAGGACCUUCAAGCAUUGCAAGUUUUAUGGAUGAAGAUGCCAACAUGGAAGACUUGAAGAUAUUUAAUAUAUUAAGUGCACUACCAUUUUAAUUACCUUGUAAUUCUAGUGAGGGGCAAUUGGUUCUUUCUUCACUAUUUUUAGGCUUUAGUAUAAAUAGUAGAUAUUAGGGUUUCAUAAUUAGUUAUUGAAGAUAAGAAAAAUUGUCUCUUGUGAGUUUGGAAUCCCUUGUUGAAUUUCAACAUCUCUUAGUUACUACCUUCUUGAGGAUUCUAAUAGAUUAGCUGUUUUUAUUUCUCAAUUAAGUGGUGUUUUGGUUAGUUUCACCAUUACAUCUUUUAAUUGUUUGAAUUUAAUUAUGUCUAUCUCUCUUUAAUCUAUCUUCCAAUUUCUA